GCUACCUAGUGAUUGAGUUGAAUCUAGAGGAGCCGCAAGAACAUUCACACUUUGCCCCCAUUCCUGGCGGUCUUUCCAAUGGUCCUGAAGCAAUGGAAGUAGAUGGUCUCCAGGAAGUCCCCCUCUGUAGCUGUCGAAUGGAAACCCCCAAGAGCAGAGAGAUCACCACGCUAGCCAACAACCAGUGCAUGGCCACGGAGAGUGUGGAUAAUGAGGGCACUUUCAUGGAGUGUCAGCCGGAGAGCAGCAUCUCCCACCGUUUCCACAAGAACUGUGCCUCCCAGGUCAACGACAUGAGCUACUGCCCACACUGCGGGGAAGAAGCCUCCAAGGCAAAGGAGGUGACAAUAGCAAAAGCAGACACAACCUCGACGGUGUCGCUGACCUACGAGCAGCAGAAACCAACGGCUGUGGAGGGAAGGGCUGACACCACGACGGGGAGUGGCAGUGGGACGCGGUUGUCAGAGGAAGACAAGCCAGAAAGUUCGGCUGCUGAGGGGUUUGACAUGGCUGGGUCUUCAGUUUUUCCAAAGCCUACUACUAGCCUGACCCAGGGACCAGUUAAAGAAACUCUGGAAAGUGCCCUGAUUGCCCUGGACUCUGAAAAACCCAAGAAGUUACGAUUCCAUCCAAAGCAGUUGUACUUCUCUGCAAGGCAAGGAGAACUGCAAAAAGUCCUGCUUAUGUUGGUGGAUGGAAUUGACCCUAAUUUUAAAAUGGAGCAUCAGAAUAAGAGAACCCCUCUCCAUGCUGCUGCUGAGUCUGGCCACGUGGACAUCUGCCAUAUGCUGAUUCAGGCUGGUGCUAAUAUAGACACCUGCUCUGAAGACCAGAGGACCCCACUGAUGGAAGCAGCAGAAAACAACCAUCUGGAAACUGUGAAAUACCUUAUCAAGGCUGGAGCACUAGUAGAUCCUAAGGAUGCGGAGGGCUCCACAUGUCUGCACUUGGCUGCCAAGAAGGGGCACUAUGACGUUGUUCAGUACCUCCUCUCCAACGGGAAGAUGGAUGUCAACUGCCAGGAUGACGGAGGCUGGACACCGAUGAUAUGGGCCACCGAGUACAAGCAUAUUGAACUGGUGAAGCUGCUGCUUGCGAAGGGGUCGGACAUCAACAUCCGCGACAAUGAGGAAAAUAUUUGUUUGCACUGGGCUGCUUUUUCUGGCUGUGUUGACAUAGCAGAGAUACUGCUGGCUGCUAAGUGUGAUUUACAUGCAGUGAAUAUUCACGGGGACUCACCCCUGCAUAUCGCAGCCAGAGAGAACCGCUACGAGUGUGUCGUUCUCUUUCUUUCCCGUGGCUCGGAUGUCACUUUAAAGAACAAGGAGGGUGAGACUCCACUCCAGUGCUCCAGCCUUAACUCUCAGGUCUGGGUGGCCCUACAGAUGAACAAGACUCUCAAAGAAUCAUCUACUGACAAGCCUGCCCAGAUAGAGAAGGUUGUGAGCAGAGACAUCGCCCGGGGUUAUGAGCGGAUCCCAAUUCCUUGCGUCAAUUCAGUGGACAGCGAGCCUUGUCCUAGCAACUACAAAUAUGUUUCGCAGAACUGUGUCACCUCCCCGAUGGACAUUGAUAGAAACAUCACUCAUUUACAGUAUUGCGUAUGUAUAGACGACUGCUCCUCCAGUAACUGCAUGUGUGGCCAACUCAGUAUGCGCUGCUGGUAUGAUAAGGACGGCCGACUCCUGCCUGAGUUCAACAUGGCUGAGCCACCCCUGAUCUUUGAGUGUAACCAUGCAUGCUCGUGUUGGCGAACCUGUAGGAACCGGGUGGUACAGAAUGGGCUCAGGACUCGAUUGCAGCUUUAUCGGACACAAAAGAUGGGCUGGGGUGUGCGAACAAUGCAAGACAUUCCACUGGGAACCUUUGUGUGCGAGUACGUUGGUGAGCUGAUAUCCGAUUCUGAGGCAGAUGUCCGUGAAGAGGACUCCUACCUCUUCGACCUUGACAACAAGGACGGCGAGGUGUACUGCAUAGAUGCCCGUUUCUAUGGCAACAUCAGCCGCUUUAUAAACCACCUCUGUGAGCCAAACCUCAUCCCGGUGCGAGUCUUCAUGUCGCAUCAGGACCUCCGCUUUCCCAGGAUCGCCUUCUUCAGCACGAGGCACAUAGAAGCCGGAGAAGAAAUUGGCUUUGACUACGGAGACAGGUUCUGGGACAUCAAAGGCAAAUACUUCAGCUGUCAGUGCGGUUCACCCAAGUGCAAACACUCGAGCUCAGCGCUGGCCCAGCGGCAGGCGAGCACCUCGUCCCAGGACAUGCAGGAAAACGGGCUCCCCGAUACCAGCUCUGCCACGGCAGCCGGCCCCUUUUGAGGCUCCGCUCCCCAGAGACUGACUUGUUUUAACCCUAUAGGUUCACAUACUGUC